AUGAAUUCAAAAAUUCAAAAUCAUGCUCCAACAAGUGAAAAUCAUGUUGCAAUAGCAAGUAGUCAAGAUGUGGGAGGUUCGGGUUCUAAUCAACAAAAUAUUGAUUCUGUGGAUCAAGAUGGGACAAAUAUUAUUGAUACAUUUUUUGAUGAAGAUGGAGAUGAAGUGGUUGGUUCGAAAAGGACAACACGUUCACCGGCAUGGUUUUAUUUUAUAAAAUUUAAAUUGAACGGCGAAGUCAAAGCAAGAUGUAAAUAUUGCUCUAAAUUAUUGGGUGUAGAUAGCAAGAAUGGCACAAAACAUUUACUUCCACAUUAUAAACGUUGUAUACAUAAACCUUCUACAGAUAUUCGCCAAUCUAUCUUGGUGCAAGAAAAAAAGAAAAUAGAUGGUACUACAACACAUGUUUCAAAUUAUACAUUUAAUGCUGAUACUUCAAGGAAGGAUUUGGCUAAAAUGAUUAUUGUACAUGAGUAUCCGCUUUCAAUUGUAGAGCAUCAUGGAUUUAGGAAGUUUGUGGGAGGUCUUCAACCUUUGUUUAAGGUUCCUUGUCAAAACACCAUCAAGGGUGAUAUCAAAAGUAUUUAUAAUUAUGAGAGGGAUAAAACUAUAAGUUUGUUAGCAAAGAACAAAAGCAAAAUUGAGUUACUACCGAUAUGUGGACAUCUAAUCAUAAAAAAAGGGAAAGUGCAAACUCUUAUUGUGGAUAAUUGCACCACAAAUGAUGCAAUUAUCAUGAUAUUAUUAGAGAAACUUCCUCUAAAAUCACUAAUGAUGAAUGGUGAUUUGUUUCAUAUGUGUUGUUGUGCACAUAUUCUUAAUAUUAUUGUCCAAGAUGGCUUAUCUCUCAUUAAAUCUGAGAUUGAGAGAAUCAGAGAGAGUGUUGCAUUUUGGUCCGCAUCACAAAAGAGGGAGCAAAAUUUUGAGACAACAGCAGAACAGCUGGGAAUACCAUACUCAAAGAAGUUGAUACUUGACUGCAAGAUGCGGUGGAACUCUACAUUCUUGAUGUUGAGUGUUGCUAUAAGCUACAAAGAGGUUUUCGAUCGGGUAAAGACAAGAGACCCAAAGUAUACAUGUUUUCCUACAGACCAGGAUUGGGAGUUGGCUAGUGAGAUUUGUGAAAGAUUACAGCUUUUUUAUGAGAUUGGGUAUUCUUUGCGUGAGUGGAUAAAAUCUCCUAUUGAGGAGAUUAGGGAGAUGGUUGAACAAAUGGUUUCUAAGUUCAAUAAGCAUUGGUCUGUAAUUCAUGGGAUAAUGGGAAUGGCAGCGGUUUUAGAUCCACGAUACAAGUUAAAGUUUGUGGAGCUACUUUUGUCUGUGCUUUAUGGAGAUGAAAAGGCAACGAUUGAAUUUCAAAAUUUGGAGGGGUUUGUCAAAACUUUGUUUCAAGAAUACGAGUCAAGUAAUGCAUCUAGAAAAAGGAAGAGUCAAGUUCCCUGUUCAUCUUCAGUUGGUUCUAGUAUGUCUUCCGGUCAUCAUGUUGGAUUCAAAAAGCUCUUAUCAGAUAUUGCUUCUAUUACAAGAGAUGAUGAUGACUCAAGAGGUAUGAGUGAGUUGGAUAACUACUUGAAAGAGAAAUUGUUGUCUAAAGACAUGGAACUUGGUUUGUUGGCGUGGUGGAAAACAAAUGGGAUUAAAUACCCGACACUACAAAGGAUAGCUAAAGAUAUAUUAGCUAUUCCCGUUUCCACUAUUGCCUCAGAAUCAGCUUUCAACACUAGUGGAAGAUUACUAAGUCCUUAUCGUAGUCGACUUCAUCCAAAGACAUUGGAGGCUUUAAUGUGUGCUCAAAGUUGGUUGUUGAAUGAAAUUCGAGCAACUUGUUCUGAAGAGACCGAGGCAUAUUGUCAUUCUGUUGAAUUUGAUUACGAUGUGGAAGAGGAGAACACUAAAGAAAGCAGGACAACAAGUUUGGAUGAUUUUGUUUGAUUUUGAGUUUGUUUUAAUGUUAAGUGGUAAUGUAUUAUUGUGAUGAAUUAGUUUUUCAUAUUUUGUACUUUGGUAUUUUGGUUGGUUGGUUGUUGUUACAAUACUAGACUAUUAGUAAUUUCUAUUUGGUUAAAU